AUGGCGGAUCAACAGCAGCCCCAGCAGCAAGAGAUGAACGCUGUUCGAGCCGGUGGCCUUGACCUGCCUCCAGGGUUCUGCUUCCACCCAACUGACGAUGAGAUUGUCAGCCACUACCUGACGAACAAGGUGCGCAACACGGACUACACCUGCAUCGCCAUCGGAGAGGCCGACCUAAACAAGACUGAGCCAUGGGACCUCCCGGAUGAAGCAAAAUGGGGAGAGAGAGUGGUACUUCUUCUAUCAGAAGGACCAAAGUACCCGACGGGGCUGAGGGCGAACUGGGCCACAAAGACCGGUUAUUGGAAAGCAACAGGAAGAGACAAGGAGGUCUACAACACCACAAAAGGGGUGGUGCUGCUAGUCGGCAUGAAGAAGACGCUCGUCUUCUACGAGGGCAGGGCUCCUAGGGGUGAUAAAACCAACUGGGUGAUGCAUGAGUACAGACUCGAAGGCAGCGGCAAGCUCCUCAGCCCUGCAUCCGCAUCUAGCUCAGUCGCUAACACCGUUGCGGCCAUGAAAGCUUCAGCUUCUAUUGACAAGAAUGAGUGGGUGGUCUGUCGUGUGUUUGACAAAACCACUAGGAUCAAGAAGACGACUGCACCAGUGUACCAGGUGGCCAUGGCUGGCGCUGAGAUUGAUCAGAAUCAAAACAACAUCUUGGCCAUCCCCAUCCCCAUGCUGCUGCAGCUGCCACUGCCCGUGCCCAUGGCCAUGCAAUUUCCCAUCCUGUCAGACUUCGCCAUGGACCCGGUGGCCCCCUACUACCCCAACGACGGUGUGGGGAUGCCGCCUAUGGCAGGUAUUGGUGGUGCCGGCGGGCUCGAGAUCAAUGGCGCCCUGUUAGGCAAUCCGAUGGCCGCGCCACCGCCGAUGAACUUCUACCACCAAAUGGACAUGGGGGCAGUAGCUGGCCAGAUGGGCAUGGAGGCUAUAGCUGGCCACAUGGACAUGGGAGCAGCUAGCACUGGGGGCUUCGAUGUUGCUGCGCCGGAGAGUAGGCCGUCCUCGAUGGUGUCGCAAAAGGAUGAGCAGGCUAAUGCCGCUGAGAUCUCGUCAAUGAUGUCCGUGACUGGCCCAUGGAAGUACUAA